CCUCCGGGUAGCCCAGCUGACGCCAGCCGCAGCGGCCACACAGCGUCUACCCGCGCAUCCAGAGCGCCGCGGCGACACCAUGUUGGGCAUGAUCAAGAACUCGCUGUUUGGGAGCGUAGAGACUUGGCCUUGGCAGAUCCUGAGCAAAGGGGACAAGGGAGAGGUCUCCUAUGAGGAGAGGGCCUGUGAAGGUGGGAAGUUUGCCACAGUGGAAGUGACUGAUAAGCCUGUGGAUGAGGCUCUACGGGAAGCAAUGCCCAAAGUCAUGAAGUAUGUGGGAGGCACCAAUGACAAGGGAAUCGGGAUGGGGAUGACAGUUCCUAUUUCCUUUGCCGUGUUCCCCAGUGCCGAUGGGUCCCUACAGAAGAAAUUAAAAGUCUGGUUCCGGAUUCCAAAUGAGUUUCAAAGCAACCCACCAGCUCCCAGCGAUGACAGCAUUAAGAUCGAAGACAGGGAAGGCAUCACUGUCUAUUCCACGCAGUUUGGCGGUUAUGCCAGGGCAACUGACUACGUAGCUCGUGCCGCCCAGCUGCGCACCAGCCUGGAGGGUACAGCCACCUGCCGGAGUGACUUCUACUUCUGCACUGGGUAUGACCCUCCCAUGAAGCCCUACGGACGUCGCAACGAGGUCUGGCUGGUGAAGAGCAAUGAAUAAUUGGCUGAACCAGAGCUCCCUGGAUGCUUGCGUCUGUGCCCACUUCCUCCAGGAGGAAAUGAAGUUCCCUGUGCAGCUCCAGCAGAGCCGACUUUCCUUCAGAGCCAGUCAGUCACUGCCAAUUUCCUGAAAUAAGCACGUUCCAGAUCCUGCGGCUCUUGUUCUCGUGGAGGGAAAUAAGGCACCCACGAUACAUAUGCGUCCUUCUAAAUGACUUAGAAAAUUCCGUGGUAGACCAGAAAAACCCAGCAGCAUUUUCCCAGCUCUCUGGAUCCCUAAAAACUGAUUUUUAAAAAUUAUUGAAACUGUAUUUUUGUUAUUGAGGAAGAAGUGUGAUUUACGUGUGAUCUUUCAUCUCUGAUGCUUAUAAGAGCUUUCUUUAAAAAGAAACUGGAAAUAAAGAUCUUUGACUUAAA